AUGGACCCGACCUCCUCGCCAUCGCUGACUUCACUCUCUGAAUGCGAGAGUAUCGCGAUCCCGUCAACUUUCCAAUCCCAGGCCAAAUCGAAAUCCCAAUCCAACCCCGAAUCCCAAGCUCCCGCCGCUCGCUCCGGAGCGAAUUUGACCAGCAGCUGCGGCAGCGUCACCAUCACCUCCGGCAACAGCAUCGCGAUGGACGAGAGGAAGCCCGCCGUCUCUGAAGACGCUGGCAAGAAAAGUGGCAAAGAAAGCCGCCGCAACAGCAGAGCACCAGCCACAAAUACAGACCCCAGCCACAUCCUUAGUCAGCAAGAGCAGCCAUCCGCAGCCACAGGGCCGAAGCAGAAGCGUGUCCGCAAGCGCAAAGACGACGACGAGAAGGCGAAGCCGAAGCGGGAGAGAAACUCGACCGGGGACAAGGCGGCUGCAGGGGCGGCAUCCGGGGCAUCAGCUGCAGGCAAGGACGGCGAGCCGAAGCCGAGGAGACAGCGGAACAGCAAUGUCAAGCCCCAGGAUAGCACCGAUGCGCCAACAGCAUCACGAAAGAAGGCAAAGCUGGAGCAUACAGCCGACGACACUACUCCCUCUGUGACGCCGCGGCAGGCAAAGAUCACAGACAUGGUCUCGAGGAACUCGACGCCAGCGGCCCAUUCGCCGCAACUCUCACAGCAGCAGCAACAACACCAGUUUAGCCAACAUCCCCCACAGUCUUCUUCCGCACAGCCAUCGCCAGCACCCGCUUAUUCGAUGCAGCGGAGUGCCUCCCGACACUCUCCACAACCUUCAUCCCAUGAUCCGGCCUCUUAUACGUCGCGGAAUGGCUCCUACGAAGCUGGCGGCCCUGGCGGUUCUCCCUAUACCUACAACAACAGCAGCAACAGCAGUACCAACAACACCCACCACGCGCCUCCGCCUCCGCCUCCUCAGCAGUCCCGUCCUACCUCUCUUCCACGCUCGAGCGGACAAAACUAUGACCCCAUACGGUCGGCCAUCGAGAGCAGUUCGGCCGUUUCUACUCCUGCCAUGCCCACAGCGAAGCCCGCGCCAGCUCCUCAGGCAAGCGCAUCCUUUAGUCCACCACCAAACACAGUGACUCCUCCACCACGUCUGGCCACUACUCCAUUCAGAGCUAGUGCUUCUCCAGCUAUUUCUAGCAUUAUCGAUCCUCCGGCUGCGAACCCUACACCUACUAUCGCCAUUCCCCCAACCGUCACCGCUACGUCCGAUAACAAGUUCUCCCUCUCACCUACUCACCACUCUACGAACGGAGCCGUUGAAUCUUCCAAACCAUCAGCUCAGCCUCUCACGCACUCAAAGUCACAGGACUCCAACGCAAUGGACAUUGACUCAAAGCCGGCGAGCUCAAAACCUGGCCCCAAAAAGACUACCGCGUCGUCUACCGGAAACACCUCCUCCGGUGCUCUCUCCCCUAAGCUCGCUUCAUCUCGCACCAAGGAGCCUCCACGACCUUUGCCUUCCACAGGAUCUGGCUUGCUUUCUAACGCUCUCUUUGGCGGGGACGCUAGCUCGUCAUCCGACACCAAAACCUUGCCAAACAUAAUUCUACAUGUCCCUCUCAAGGGCAAGUCAAAUUUAGUGAUAAAUUUCGCCCGGAUGGCAGAGGAACAGUACGGCUUUGAUGCCCUACAUCCACGUAUUGCAGCCCAGAAAGAACGCCGUGCACGUCUGGCAGCUGCCAGCGCAGUUCUAGAGAAAUCCGAGCGGGCAGGCCGAGGAGAAAGCGGUGCUGAAGACGAUCUUUCUCUGGACGUGGAUCGCGAUAGUGACGGCGAUGGGGAUAUUAACAUGUCCGGCAUAGGCACCCACACACCGAACGGUACCGGAACUGAUGAGCCUACCGCCACCACCAACUCCAACGCAGAGGUCAAAAAGACUCGCCGACGCAAAAUUGAGGAAUACGAUCGUGAUGACCCCUUCGUUGAUGACAGCGAGCUGAUCUGGGAGGAACAAGCAGCCGCUUGCAAAGACGGGUUUUUUGUUUACUCCGGGCUUCUAGUUCAGGAAGGUGACAAGGUUUCCGUUGAAAAAGCCGAUGGAACUACCAAGCGAGGCCGUGGCCGGCGUGGUGGCACAAGUGGUACUACCCAUGGGAACUCUGGCACAUCCUCUCGCGGCCGUGGCGGACACGCUGGCAGUAGUUCUACCACGAAUCAUCCCAACGGCGAUGGUGCUACCGCUAGUAAAUCGGGAGCUGGACGUGGAGGUGCCAGAAAACCGCGAAUCACCAAAGCCGAUCGACUUCAGAUGGAGAAAGAGAAACUUGAGAGAGAAAAGAUGGCCAUUGGUCUCUCUGGGAAAGCCGCUGCAAAGUAG